UGUAAUAUCGCAUCAUAAAUCGAUAAAACACAAAUGUGUUCAUUUCUACCAUUGAACACUGUACUCAACCAUAAUAAAAACAAUGAAAAGAGCGUUUAUUGCACCUGCGAUAGGUAGUAGUAAAGUUUAUCUCUGGAGGCGCGAUGGGGAGCGUAUUUGACCGGCUGAUAAGCUGCAGCUACUAUCUCCACAAGUACCUUUAAAAACACGCGCUGCAGGUCUACGCUCUCAGUACCGGACUGCCCUCCAUUGGAAUUGGGUAAUCAACGCACAGCGGAUCCAAAAUGCAUUUCGGAGUCUUGGGCAGCGGCAUAAUCGGUCUUACGACCGCACUGGAACUCCAGAAGGAGUUUCCCACGGCGCGGGUUUCCGUGAUUGCGGAUCGCUUUAACGAGGACACGGUUAGCUAUGUGGCGGCAGGGAUCUUCCGCCCGGGCACUAGCUUCAUGGGCCCCACCCAGGAAAUUACGCAAAAAUGGAUGACGGAUGCCUUUAACUACUGGGAUGAACUGCGUCGGUCCAAGGAGGCUCCUUUGGCGGGCGUGUGCCAACUAUCGUCGGGGUAUAUUUACUCCCGGACCUCCCCCUCUAUUGUACGGAACCACUUUAUUGAGAAACUGCUGCCUGUCUACCGGCGUGCCACGGAGGAGGAAUUGAAGCUGUGCCACGGCGGAUGGAAGUACGGAUCAUUCUUCACCACCUGCCUCACGGAGAGUCGCCUCUUCCUGCCCUUUGCCACAAAAAAAUUCCUGGAGAACGGAGGCGAAGUGGUGCGUCAACAUGUGAAGAACUUCUUCGAGGUUCCACAAAACUUCGAUGUGCUGCUCAAUUGCACAGGAAUGGGAGCUAAAGAGCUGUGUAGCGAUCAGCAUCUGGUGCCGAUCCGGGGUCAGGUGCUCAAGGUGCGGGCACCUUGGGUGAAGACAGCCUUUUACGGCGACUACGACACCUACGUGCUGCCCGGAUUCGAAACGGUUACCUUGGGAGGAUGUCGCCAGUUCGACAGCUACAAUACGGAGUGGUGCAAGUACGACAGCAUGGCCAUCCGGGAGCGGUGCUACGACCUGCUGCCCAGUCUCCGGAAGGCGGAGAUCGUCCGGGAGUGUGUGGGUCUGCGUCCGCACCGCUCAGUUGUGAGGGUGGAGCCCGAACUGAUCACAAAUCCGGAGGGCAGGCGGCUGAAGAUCGUCCACAACUAUGGGCAUGGCGGCUAUGGGGUGACCACGGCACCGGGAACAGCUAAGUACGCCGUCGGAUUGGUGCGGGACCUGCUGGCCGGAAACAGCAAGCUGUAGGUGGUAAAUUCGUUGUUAAUUGUUGGUUAUUAAACUCUUUAUACUCAGAA